AUGGACUCAGCAUUUUGGACCGUUAACUUCGUCUGCAUCUUCUUUCUUGCGCAGUGGACAGAAGGUGUAGCACCACUGAAGGCCUUGUCUCUCUGUCUGUCCAAACCCUGCCAAAAUGGUGCAGAGUGUGAAGACGACCCCUCCACCUUCCUGUGCCAGUGCCAGUCAUGGAGUGCAGCACUGUCCAGCCUUAAGUGUACCUCCUCCAACACCCUGUGCCACCUUCAUACGUGUCAGGGCAACAUCACAUGCCAGUCUACGGGUGCCCAUCAAGGACAACUAGCUUGCCACUGUGGGAACAGCUCAUCUAGACAUAAUUGCCAUUCCAGCGCUCAGCUUUGUGCCCAGAGAUUGUGCCGCCAGAGUGCCCGUUGUCUUGCAGUGCCACAAACGAGCCCAGGCUACAUCUGCAUCUGCCAGCCAGGCUUUACUGGCACACUCUGCCAGAGAGAGGUAGACCAGUGUGUGCCCAACCCAUGCCGUAACCGGGCCAUAUGCCGGAACAGGCCAAAUGGGCCUACUUGCUUCUGUGCGCCAGGCUUCCAGGGUAAUCACUGUGAGAUUAAGGUGAAUGAGUGCACAUCACAGCCCUGCAGGAAUGGAGCUACUUGCAUGGACCAAAUUGGAUAUUAUGAAUGCCUUUGUAGGCCUGGGUACACGGGUAACUUGAAAUACACUCACAUUGAUUGUUUUUCAGGUGUCUUAUGCGAAGAGGACAUUGAUGACUGUGCGUCUCUUCCAUGUCACAAUGGAGGGUCAUGCCAUGACUCUAUAAACAGCUAUGUCUGCAUGUGCUCACCUGGUUACACUGGUGUUCAGUGCUCAAUUACCACAGUUUUCUCAUUCAAGUCAGCUGGCAACUACCUGAGCUUUCAGACGCUGCUUGUGGAUGCCGACGCUUUAUGGAACGUCACCCUGAGCUUCCGCACUGAGUUGAAAAACUCUGUACUGUUCCGGAGAAGAAGCAAAGAAGCUAUCCUCAUUCUGCAGCUGCUGGAGGGUCGGUUGCAGGCAAGCUUAAACUUUUGGAAGGAAGCAAGUGUGGAUGGUGCCAUCUGGGUACUGGAACUGCCUAAAGAAGUGGCUGAUGGAGACUGGUACACAGUGGAGGUGGCACUGGCUGAAGGCAGGCUGCUCCUGCACCUCCACAAGCAGUGCUGGGAAGAGAACUGUGCUGCAGAGGCUCAGCUGAAGAUAGACUCUAUUACACUGGAGUCAUCAGUACACAGCAUUGUGAUUGGAAGCCAUGCAGAGGGAGAAAAUUCUGGCUCAUUUAUUGGCUGUAUGCGGGAUGUUUUUGUGGACUCACAAGUGAUUACGCUAGAGGAGCGUCUAAAUGCUAUAGUUGUGAACAUCACACUCGGAUGCGAUCGUUGCUUAGAAAAUCCAUGUAAAAAUCAAGCUACAUGUGUCACACUGGGGCAGAGCUACCAGUGCAAAUGUCAGCGGCCGUAUGAGGGUCAUGAUUGCACCAAAGAUAUCCAAAAUAUUUUUCUGUUUCUUUUUUUUUUUUUAGAGUAUAUCCCUGCAAGGUUUGGUCAGAUGGGCUCUUUGAGCUAUGCUGUUUUUCCUGUGAACAAUAAGUUGGAUCUGGUCAAUCUCACCCUCUCAAUGUUUUUGCACACUCAUCAAAAGUCAGGUCUGCUGCUUGCGGUGACCAACAGGACCAGCCAGUACCUGAAUGUGUGGCUGGAACAGGGGCGACUCACAACGCAAAUCCACAGCUCCCAGACUGUAGCUUGUGAAAAUGUUGUCAGUGAUGGCCAUCUCCACUUGGUUGGCAUCUCCAUCGCUGAAGGCCAGAUAAGGCUGCUAGAAUCUGAUCUAGUGUGUGCAUCUGUGGAAGCCAGACAGAUUUAUAUUCGUACUGGGGACAAAAUUUAUGUGGGUGGUAUGGAGGAUGCAGACAUCUCAGCUCGUUUUGGUGGCUACUUUAAAGGCUGCAUCCAGGACCUUCGUCUUAAUAAUUGGCGUCUGCAGUUUUUUCCAUUUAGUCUUCCUGUGAUCUUCUACAGCCCAGAGCGCCUGGUUAAUGUAUUGGAAGGUUGUGUUGGGGAUGAACUCUGUGCUGAAAAUCCCUGUCAGAAUGGUGGGACAUGUAUUUCGCUGAGGGACAAUUUUUCAUGCAUUUGUCCCCCCAGUACAUCAGGACGGUGCUGUGAGGAGCUUCAGUGGUGUGAGCUCUCACCAUGUCCUUACCCAUCACAGUGUAUCACAGUUGGACUGGGAUAUGAGUGUAUUUCCAGAGUAACGUUUCAGAAUAAUGUAGUUCUGAGGUACCGCAGCAAUGGCCUGAUUUCCCGCCAUCUCACCAGCAUCUCCUUCAGCAUUCGCACACGCAAACGCAACGCAUUUGUGCUUCAUGCCAAUAGCAGCACAGAUUUUGUGACUGUGUCACUACAAAAUGGUCUGUUAGUGAUGGAACUGCUUAGCAUAUCUUCUGGCUCAUCCUCUUCCUCCCCACUAAUCAUGCAUAGUUUUAGAACCAUAGCUGAUGGUAAAUGGCAUAAUGUGGAGCUGUUCAUGGUUUCCCCCAAAGUCAACACUUCCAAGUGGAUCAUGCUUCUGCAAGGCAUUGUGGAAGACACUGUGACUUCCAAGUCAGCAUCUGGUAACCUGGAUUUCUUGCGAGAAGAUGUGGACAUAUUGCUUGGAGGGAAGAGCUUCAGACUGGCAAACUGGAACCUAAUUGGCUGUCUGAGUACAGUGGAGAUUGGUGGAAUAAUAUUGCCAUAUUAUGGUACCACUGAUGUGAGGCUGCCCCGCACUCAGGAAGAGCAGUUUAUAAAAAUAUCUACAGUUUCACUUCUGAGAGGGUGUAAAGGUGACAUGGUGGCAUCCUUCAUAAACAUGCAGUAA